AUGGCCUCCGCAAAGGGGGUAUUGCGGAACGUGCAGGCGCAGGAGGAAGCGUCUCCGCAUUCCCCGCGGGAAGGGGGGGUCUUGCGCAACGAUGAGCUGGCACGUCAGCUGGAGCAACUUAAAGACAUCGACGCAUUGCAGGCCCUAGCACACAGCAUGGCAGCAGGAGGAAAGGAAGGCUCAUCUGUGCUGACCACGGCUCAACUGGGGGAGGUGAUAUCUGCGCUGCAGGCGCAGGUGCAGGCUGAGGUGGCAACGCAUCAUGACGACCUGCUGCAGCAGCUAUCCUCGUUAAAAGACACAGAGGGCGUGCUGUCUGUGGUGCGCGCUGGAGUCGACUCGUUACUAGCCUCCGUCCAGCGCGUGCGGGCAGAGAUAGCAGACCCGUAUCGGGCCAUUCAGGUGAAGACACGUCAGCUGGCAGCUCUGUACGACACCAUGGAACUGCUGCGAGCUGUGAUCAAGUACCUCAAACUGGUGCGCAAGCUGCGGGAGCAUUUAGCUGCAGGCGUUGAGAAGGCGGAGCUGAGCAAGGCGGGGCAGGUGUGGCAGGAGGUGGGGGCGGUGCACAGGGAGGCGCAGCUGGGGGGGGUGCAUGUGGUGGAGGCACAGCACGAGUGGGUGGCGGAGGCAGGGCAGGCUAUACGGAGAGAGGCGAUGAAGGCGUUGGAAGGAGGCAUGGAGGCGAUGAACCAGGCUGAAGUGGGGAGCGUGCUGCAGGUGUUUUUCAACAUGGGGGAGCUGAGGCAGACGGUGGAUCAGCUGGUAGCGAAGCACAAGGGGCAGGCCAUGCGAGCCGUCGCCACAGGGCUCGACAUGAAGGCUAUCAGUGCGAGCAUGGGAGCAUCAGGAGGUGGAGGAGGCUUGGGUGGCUCCGUGGGCGGACCAGGGGGGGCCAUGCGCAGCGGCACUCCUCCAAUGGGUGGCGCCCCCAGAGCCCGGGAGGCGCUGUGGCAGCGGCUGACUGGAUGCCUGGAUGAGCUGGCGCGUGUUAUGGUGCUGACGUGGCACCUGCAGCGAGUGAUGGCGAAGAAGCGAGAUCCGAUCUCCCACGUCGUGUUCCUGGACCACGUGUUGCAGGUCGGGGGAGGGGGGGUGGUGGUUAGAGGAAAGGGGGAGGGGUGGGCUUGCAGGGGACGCCCUGCCGACAGAGCGGGUGUGGGAGGCCUUACUCCGGGCCUUCUCCUCGCAGCUACGAGCCACGUUCACCGCCUCCUCCUUCGUCAAAGAGACCUUCGUCUCCGCCUACCCCCGCCUCCUCGCCUCCCUAGAAUCCUUCCUGGACCGCCCGCAGGCGGAAGCUCCGCAUGCUCACCCUCUUCCCCACCGCCCACCCCCAUGUGCCUCCAGUCAGGAGACGCACUACCAACAGAGCGAGUGUGGGAAGCCUUACUCCGAGCCUUCUCCUCGCAGCUACGAGCCACGUUCACCGCCUCCUCCUUUGUCAAGGAGACCUUCGUCUCUGCCUACCCCCGCCUCCUCACCUCCCUAGAAUCCUUCCUGGACCGCCUGCAUGCCGAUACAGACGUGCGUGUGCUGGGGGGAGGGGGAGGCGGAGCUGGUGGAGGAGGAGCGGGAGGAGCGGGAGGAGGAGGGUUUGGGUUGGGAGCGGUUGGAGGCGGUGCUGUGGCAGGUUCGUGGGCCAAUGGCGGCACUCCGGCGGUUAUUUCUGUGGAGCAUCGCGCGCAGAUGAUGGCUGCUUUGGAGCCGUUUCAGGCAGCCUAUCUGGCCCUCUCGCUCUCUAGAAUGACCGACCCGAUCAACACCAUGAUGCCAGCCGCAGGGGGCGGGAGGGGAGGUGUGCCGGGGCCGGAGGCGGGGGGGCUGCUGAGGCUCGUGCUGGCGAAUGCGGGCAAGGCGCUUCAACUGCUGGCGGAACGCUGUGAAUACCAGGUUGCAACAGGCCCUGGAUCCCGCCAAGUGCUCGCCCCCUGCUCGCCAGCGCAGCAGCGCAACAUCUCCCUGUGCGUGCUGCUGGGAGCGGUGCACACACGCUGCAUGCACCUGCUCACUAUUCUCCCCUUUUCCCCUCCCCUACACCCUCCAGGUGGCUACAGGCCCAGAGUCACGCCAGGUCCUGGCCCCCUGCUCGCCAGCGCAGCAGCGCAACAUCGCCCUGUGCGUGCUGCUGGGGGCAGUGCACGCGCGCUGCAUACACCUCCUCACUACAUCCUUCACCCCUGUCCCACCCCCUUCCUUUCCCCCCAUCCUCUCCAGGUCGCUACAGGCCCAGAGUCCCGCCAAGUGCUCGCCCCCUGCUCGCCAGCGCAGCAGCGCAACAUCUCCCUGUGCGUGCUGCUGGGAGCAGUGCACACACGCUGCAUGCAGCUGCUGGCCCGCCUGCCAGAGGAGGCAGACUCCGUGAUGGAGGCGGGUGUGGGGUCCGUGCAUGGCGUGGCUAUGGAUGCUGUCGCUCCCCUCUUCAAGGUGUGUGGGUUCAUCUCCUGCUUGGACGUCUCAAAACUACUCGCCCGCCUUCCAGAGGAGGCAGACUGCGUGAUGGAGGCGGGUGUGGAGUCUGUGCACGGGGUGGCCAUGGAUGCUGUUGCUCCGCUCUUCAAGCACAUGAUCUUCCAUGGGCCAUCAGACUGCGUGAUGGAGGCGGGUGUGGGGUCCGUCCGUGCUGUGCUGGGCGUGGCUAUGCAUGCUGUGGCUCCGCUCUUCAAGGCCAUGCGGGAUCGCAUCGAGGCAUGCCUUCUUCAAAUCCACCAGCAGGACUUCUCUUCAGACGACCCCAACGCCCCUCCCGCCUCCACCACCCCGCCACCCCCUGGGUCGGCCUCAAGAAACCGUACCAGCAGCAGCGGGGGAUCCACACCACCCCACAAGCACAACCAGCACAACCAGAAUCAGCAGCACGAGUCAGCGGGGGACAACUGCUCGCCAUACAUGGAGAACACCAUUCGAGCCAUCACCCACUUUCACUCUGAGUUCCUCUCCAAGCUUCUUCUCCCUGACUCCUCCUCUACCUCCUCCUCCUCCUCCGCAGCGCCGGCCUCGUCCAUAUUCGCUGCAUCUCUGUCCGGUGCUGCGGGAUCAGGCCCUCUCUCUCCCUCCACCGCCCUGCCCCCUGCGACUGUCUCUGAGCCUGUUGCUCAGUCCCUUGCCAAACGCCUCGCAUCUCGCACGCUGCUCUUCUUUGUGCGCCACGCCUCGCUGGUACGGCCACUCUCAGAGGCGGGGCGGUUGAGGCUGGCGAGGGACAUGGGCGAGCUGGAAUUCGCAGUGGGGCAGCAUCUCUUCCCCACACACGCCCUCGGCGCCUCCUACCGUGCUCUCCGCGCCUUCCGCCCGCUGCUCUUCGUUGACCUGGAGAAGAUCCCCACCAGCUCGCUACUGCAGGAUCUCCCUCCAAGCGUUGUCCUGCAUCAUCUCUUCUCCCGCGCGCCCCCUGAGCUGCUCUCCCCAUUCACACGCAUUCAGCAGCCCCCAGCACGCUACUCACUCUGGCUGGACCAGCACUCGCAGCAGCAGGCGUGGCAGGGCAUCAAGGCGUCAUUAGAUGAUUACGUGGGGAGUGUGAGGGCGAGGGGUGGGAAGGAGUUUCACCCGGUGUAUGCUGUGAUGCUGCAGCUGGGACAGACGCUGUUGGUGGGAGGCAACGAGGGCAAGUAG